UUCCAGGUCUGAAGAAAUAGAGAGAAAAAAGCCACAAGAGCUAAAAAAAACCAACACCAGAGCAUCUAUAUAAGCUAAUGCUGAGAAGACAGAAAUUACCUCAUUAACCUAAGUGAGUGGGGGAGAGACAGAAGAAUACCCUCAAAAUGGAGGAAGAAGAAUAUGAGGAAGUUGUUGAGUACUACAUUGAAGAGACAAUAAUUGAAGAGGGUGAACCAGUUGAGGUGGUCACUGAAAUCACUGAGACAAUUAGCACAGACUUCACAGGUCCUAAAACUACCACCUAUACUAUUGAGCAUGAAAAACCUUCUGUUGAGGAUGCAGCACCUCCAGUCAGAAAGAAGACAAUACGGACAAAAGUGGACCCAUCUAAGUUUUUGACACCUUAUCUGCAACACAGUAAAAAAAUGAAGGACCUAUUCAGUGAGAACAAAUACAAAGAAAAAUUUAUAAAAGAAAAAGGAAAGCCAUAUGCUUCUACAACUGAUACCCCAGAAAUUCGGAGAAUCAAGAAAGUGCAAGACCAGCUUAGUGAGGUUAAAUACCGCAUGGCUGGUGAAGCUGCCAGAACUAUUUGCCAUGUUGAUGAAAAGGCCAAGGAUAUAGAACAUGCAAAGAAGGUGUCACAGCAAGUGAGCAAGGUAUUAUAUAAACAGAACUGGGAGGAGAAUAAGGACAAGUACCUGCUGCCUCCAGAUGCUCCAGAGCUUGUUAAUGCAAUAAAAAACACAGCAAUGUUCAGUAAGAAACUCUAUACUGAAGACUGGGAAGGAGACAAAACAUUAUUCUAUCCAUACAAUGACAGUCCGGAGCUCAGAAGGGUGGCACAGGCUCAAAAGACUCUGAGUGAUAUUGUCUACAAAAAAGGACAUGAUGAACGAAAAUCUAAAUAUACUUCUCUGCCAGAUCCACCUGAUGUAGAACAAGCCAAGAAAGUGACAAGGCAGCUGAGCGAUAUUGUUUACCACAAGGACUAUAAAGACAAUAUAAAAGGCAAAUGGAGUCAAACUCCAUGCUAUGAUGUUGCAAUUGCGAAAAUGAAUGCAGAAAAUAUAAGUAUGAGAAAAUACCAGGAAGACUUUGAAAGUGUAAAAGACCAAAUCUACUUUAUGCAGACUGAAACUCCAGAGUAUGAAGCUAAUAAGCGAGUGUCAGAUAAUGUCAGUAAGGUAAAAUACAGAGCAGACUAUGAAAAGAACAAAGCUAUUGCAGAUUAUAAUGUGCUUCCUGCUACAGAGAACCCAUUGCUGAGGCAGUUAAAAGCUGCAGGAAACGCGCUGAGUGAUAAAUUAUACAAAGAAGCCUAUGAACAAUCAAAAGGAACCAGCAUGAAUUACUGUGACACACCAAAGUUCCAGACUGAUACUGUUCUGAAGAAUUUUAGUGAUGUAAAAUAUAAAGAUGCAUAUCAAAAGAAUAUUUUAGGACACUAUUUGGGCAGCUUUGAGGACCCACAUCAUACACACUGCAUGCAAGUUGAAGCUAUGAAGAGUGAUAAAAAUUACAAAGCAGAUUAUGAGGAGGAAAAGACAAAAUGCUACUUCCCUCAGACCAUAACUCCAGAGUAUGAAGCUAUUAAGAAGUUAGAGCAGUGUAAAGAUCACACCUACAAAAAGCAUCCUGAUCAAACCAAAUUUACUCAAGUGACUGACUCUCCAGUACAGAAGCAAGCAGAGAUCAACAGCAAACAACUGAGUGAUAUAAUAUAUAAGUCCAAAGGUCAGGAGAUUAUUCACAAGUACCACCUCCCUCCAGAUGUGCCCCAGUUUAUACAGGCUAAAGUUAAUGCCUACAAUAUUAGUGAUAACUAUUACAAAAUGGGAUUGGAAGAGUUAAAAUCAAAGGGCUAUGAUCUAAAAAGUGAUGCUAUUCCUAUCCAAGCUGCCAAAUCUGCUAGGCGGGCUGCCAGUGAUGUUAACUAUAAAAAAGACUAUGAACUUGCCAAGGGUAAACUCGUUGGCUUCAAGAGCCUCCAAGAUGAUCCCAAACUCGUUCAUUAUAUGAAGGUAGCCAAGAUGCAGUCUGACCGAGAGUACAAGAAAGAUUAUGAGAAAACAAAAACUAAGUACAACAUUCCAAUGGAUAUGGUCAAUGUUGUUGGUGCCAAGAAGGCUCAAGAAAUUGCCAGCAAUACUAAUUACAAGAACCUCCUACACCACUAUACUUAUUUGCCAGAUGCAAUGAAUGUGGAGCUGACAAAAAAUAUGAUGGAAAUUCAGAGUGAUAAUGCAUACAAAGCAGAAUAUAACAACUGGAUGAAAGGCAUUGGUUGGAUCCCCAUUGGCUCACUAGAAGUAGAAAAAGCUAAAAAAGCUGGAGAUGCCUUGAAUGAAAAGAAAUAUCGUCAGCACCCAGACACCAUUAAAUUUACAAGUGUGGUAGACUCUCCGGUAAUGGUCCAAGCCAAACAGAAUUCAGUUCAACUCAAUGAUAAACUAUACAGAUCUUCUGGAGAGGAAGUUAAACAUAAAUAUACUCUUACCCCAGAUGUCCCACAGUUUAUCCAAGCUAGAUACAAUGCAGCUAACGUCAGUGAUGUGUAUUAUAAACAAGACUACCAUGAUCUAAUAGCUAAAGGAAACAAUGUGUCACUUGAUGCUAUUCCAAUUACUCAAGCCAAGGCUUCAAGAAACAUUGCUAGUGAUUAUAAAUAUAAAGAAGCAUACGAAAAGGCUAAAGGAAAACAGUUUGGUUUCAGAAGCCUGCAAGAUGACCCUAAGCUUGUCCACUACAUGAAUGUAGCAAAGAUUCAGUCUGAGCGUGAGUACAAGAAAGACUAUGAGAAGACCAAGACUAACUAUCAUACACCUCCUGACACGUACAGUAUCCAGGCUGCUAAACAGUCUCAGGAUAUAGCUUCUAAUGCCCACUACAAAAAUUUGAUCCAUCACUACACUUACCUGCCAGAUGCCAUGGAUGUUGAGCUUGCAAAGAACAUGAUGCAAAUUCAGAGUGAUAAUGCAUACAAAGAAGAGUAUAACAGCUGGUUCAAGGGUAUUGGAUGGAGUCCUCUCGGUUCUCUGGAUGUUGAAAAAGCUAAAAAGGCUGGAGAUGCAUUAAAUGAAAAGAAAUACCGUCAGCACCCAGACACCAUCAAAUUUACAAGUAUACCAGAUUCAAUACCAAUGGUUUUAGCUCAGCACAACACCAAGCAACUGAGUGAUGUAACAUAUAAGCGAGAGGGUGAAAAAGUAAAACACAAAUACACCCUGGAUCCUGAUGUUCCUCAGUUUAUUCAAGCCAGGGUCAACGCCUUCAAUUUGAGUGAUGCUAACUACAAAGCAGACUGGAAAAAAACCAUCGCCAAAGGAUAUGAUCUGAAACCAGACGCCAUUCCUAUUAUUGCUGCUAAAGCUUCUCGAAAUAUUGCGAGUGAUUACAAGUACAAGGAAUCAUAUGAGAAAGAUAAAGGCAAACAGGUUGGAUAUCGUAGCCUGCAGGAUGACCCUAAACUUGUUCAUUACAUGAAUGUGGCCAAAAUACAAUCAGAUCGUGAAUACAGGAAAGAUUACGAAGUGAACAAGACCAGAUAUCAUACUCCUUUGGAUAUGUUCAGCGUGAUGGCUGCCAAGAAAGCCCAGGAAGCAAUCACAGAUACCGGCUAUAAACAACCAAUUCACAAUUAUACACUCUUACCUGAUUCUAUGAAUCUGGAGCUAUCAAGAAAUGUGAUGCAGCUUCAGAGUGAUAAUCUGUACAAAGCAGACUUUAACAGCUGGUUGAGAGGAGUUGGCUGGGUACCAAUUCAGUCACUGGAUGUAGAAAAGGCCAAAAAAGCUACAGAGAUUCUCAGUGAGAAGAAGUAUCGCCAGCACCCAGACAAACUGAAGUACACUAUCACAAUGGAUGCAAUGGAACAAGUGCUAGCUAAGCAAAAUGCAAAGACCAUGAAUAAGAGGCUCUACACCGAUAAAUGGAACAAGGAGAAAACCAGCAUUCAUGUUAUGCCAGAUACUCCAGAAAUUCUGCAAUCUAGAGUGAACCAGAUCACAAUGAGUAACAAACUUUACAAAGCUGGAUGGGAGGAAGAAAAGAAGAAAGGUUAUGACAUGCAGCCAGAUGCUAUUCCAAUAAAAGCAGCCAAAGCCUCCAGAGAUAUUGCAAGUGAUUAUAAAUACAAACUAGCCUACGAAAAAGCGAAAGGAAAGCAUAUUGGGUUCCGCAGCCUUGAAGACGACCCCAAGCUGGUGCACUUCAUGCAGGUGGCUAAGAUGCAAUCUGAUCGUGAAUACAAAAAAGGUUAUGAGAAGGCAAAGACUAACUUCCAUACUCCAGUUGACAUGCUCAGUGUUGUGGCAGCCAAGAAAGCACAGGAAGUGGCUACAAAUGCAAACUACAAAAGCUUGAUCCAUACCUACAAUGUUUUGCCUGAUGCUAUGAGUCUUGAAUUAGCGAGAAACAUGAUGCAGAUACAAAGUGAUAAUCAAUACAGAGCAGAAUAUGAUGAAAGUAUGAAGGGUAUUGGAUGGAUGCCAUUGGGAUCCCUGGAAGCUGAGAAAAACAAAAAAGCAAUGGAAAUUGUUAGUGAAAAGAAGUAUCGCCAGCAUCCAGACAAACUGAAGUAUUCUGUUCCUAUGGAUUCCAUGAACAUGGUCUUAGCUUUAAAUAAUGCUAAAAUCAUGGAUGAGCACAAGUACAAACAAGCAUGGGAAGAAGACAAAAAGAAAGUUCAUAUCACACCAGAUAUUCCACAGAUUGCUUUAGCAAAAGUUAAUGCAUUUAAUUUAAGUGAUAAAAUGUACAGACUUUCAUUUGAAGAAUCUAGGAAGAAAGGAUAUGAUCUCAGAGCUGAUGCUAUUCCUAUUAAAGCUGCCAAAGCUUCUAGGGAUAUUGCGAGUGAUUAUAAAUACAAAUUAGGUUAUGAACAAGACAAGGGAAAACUUGUAGGCUUCCGCAGCCUUCAGGAUGAUCCCAAACUUGUCCAUUAUAUGCAAGUGGCUAAGAUGCAGUCUGAUCGUGAAUACAAGAAAGCUUAUGAAAUGAGCAAGACACAUUACCAAACACCUUCUGAUGCACUCAGCAUCGUGGCAGCUAAGGAGGCACAAGAUCGUGUAACCAAUACUAACUACAAACGACUGAUCCAUCAAUACAUACUUCUACCAGAUGCAAUGAAUUUAGAACUGUGCAGAAACAUGAAUCAGAUACAAAGUGAUAAUGAGUACAAGCAGGAUUACAAUGAGUGGUUCAAGGGUAUUGGUUGGAGUCCUGCUGGUUCUCUGGAUGUGGAGAAAUCUAAGAAAGCCACAGAAAUUGCAAGUGAUAGGAAAUACCGCCAACAUCCCAGCAUGUUCCCCUUUACAAAAGAGAAUGAUUCCAUGGACAUGGUCCUUGCAAAGCAAAACGCAAAUGUAAUGAACAAACGUGCUUAUACUCAAGCUUGGGAGAAGGAUAAAAUUCAGGUUCAUGUGAUGCCAGAUACACCAGAUAUUCUACAGGCAAAACAGAACAAGGCGAACUACAGUCAGAAACUAUACAAACUUGGCUGGGAAGAAAUGAUAAAGAAAGGCUAUGACCUCACACCUGAAGCCAUGUCUGUGAAAGCUGCCAAAGCUUCAAGAGACAUUGCAAGUGAUUACAAGUACAAAGAAGGUUACCGCAAGCAGCAGGGACAUCACAUUGGAUUCCGCAGCUUACAAGAUGAUCCUAAGAUGUUGUGGUCUAUGCAAGUAGCUAAGAUGCAGAGUGAAAGGGAGUACAAGAAAGAUUUUGAGAAGUGGAAGACAAAGUUUAAUAUGCCUGUGGAUAUGUUAGGCUUCCUUCUGGCUAAGAAAUGUCAGGAACUGGUUAGUGAUGUAGACUACAAACAAGUGCCACACCGCUGGACUUGUCUGCCAGACCAGGUUGAUGUCACCCAGGCAAAGAGGGUCUACGAACUACAGAGUGAUAAUCAGUAUAAGUCAGAUCUACUAUGGCUUAGAGGUCUUGGAUGGAGUCCACUGGGAUCUUUGGAAUCUGAAAAGAACAAGAAAGCUUCUGAAAUACUGAGUGAAAAGAAGUACCGGCAGCACCCAGAUACUAUUAAGUUCACAAGUAUCCCAGAUGCCAUGGAUAUUGUUUUAGCAAAAUCUAAUGCUAAAAAUAGAAGUGAUAUACUGUAUAGAGAAGCUUGGAACAAGGACAAGACUCAGGUUCACAUCAUGCCUGAUACUCCUGAAAUUUUGCUGGCUAAAUCAAACUUAAUUAACACAAGUGAUAAACUUUACAAGUUAGGAUAUGAAGAGCUAAAAAGGAAAGGCUAUGAUCUUCCUCCAGAUGCUAUACCCCUCAAGUCAGCAAAGGCAUCCAGAGAUAUAGCUAGUGAAUACAAGUACAAAGAAGGCUAUCGCAAGCAGCUGGGCCACCAUAUCGGAGCCCGUAACAUAGAGGAUGAUCCGAAGAUGAUGUGGUCAAUGCACGUAGCCAAGAUCCAGAGUGACAGGGAGUACAAGAAAGCCUUUGAGAAGACCAAGACACACUUUAGUAGCCCAGUGGACAUGCUGGGAAUUGUGUUGGCCAAGAAAUGUCAGGAGCUGGUCAGCGACGUUGAUUACAAGCACCCUCUGCAUCGGUGGACCUGUCUGCCGGACCAGAAUGAUGUUGUACAAGCCAAGAGGGUAUACGACCUUCAGAGUGAUAACGUGUACAAGUCUGACCUUCUGUGGCUGAGGGGCAUUGGCUGGUCCCCAAGUGGUUCGCUGGACGAUGAGAAGAAUAAGAGGGCGAGCCUCAUCCUGAGUGACAAGAAGUAUCGGCAGCACCCGGACACCAUCAAGUUCACCAGCAUCCCUGACUCGAUGCCUAUGGUUCUGGCAAAGCACAACUCUGAGAUUAUGAACCAACGCUUGUACACAUCAGCCUGGGAGAAAGAUAAAACCAGCAUUCACAUUAUGCCGGAUACGCCUGGUAUUUUGCUAGCCCAGCAGAACAAAGUGAACUUCAGUGAGAAACUGUACAAGCUUGCGAUGGAGGAGGAGAAGAAAAAGGGCUAUGACAUGCGGGCAGAUGCCAUUCCUAUCAAGUCUGCUAAAGCUUCCAGAGACAUUGCAAGUGAUUACAAGUACAAAGAAGGCUAUCGCAAGCAGCUGGGCCACCAUAUCGGAGCCCGUAACAUAGAGGAUGAUCCGAAGAUGAUGUGGUCAAUGCACGUAGCCAAGAUCCAGAGUGACAGGGAGUACAAGAAAGCCUUUGAGAAGACCAAGACACACUUUAGUAGCCCAGUGGACAUGCUGGGAAUUGUGUUGGCCAAGAAAUGUCAGGAGCUGGUCAGCGACAUUGAUUACAAGCACCCUCUGCAUCGGUGGACCUGUCUGCCAGACCAGAAUGAUGUUGUACAAGCCAGAAAGGUGUACGACCUUCAGAGUGAUAACGUGUACAAGUCUGACCUUCUGUGGCUGAGGGGCAUUGGCUGGUCCCCAAGUGGUUCGCUGGACGAUGAGAAGAAUAAGAGGGCGAGCCUCAUCCUGAGUGACAAGAAGUAUCGGCAGCACCCGGACACCAUCAAGUUCACCAGCAUCCCUGACUCGAUGCCUAUGGUUCUGGCAAAGCACAACUCUGAGAUUAUGAACCAACGCUUGUACACAUCAGCCUGGGAGAAAGAUAAAACCAGCAUUCACAUUAUGCCGGAUACGCCUGGUAUUUUGCUAGCCCAGCAGAACAAAGUGAACUUCAGUGAGAAACUGUACAAGCUUGCGAUGGAGGAGGAGAAGAAAAAGGGCUAUGACAUGCGGGCAGAUGCCAUUCCUAUCAAGUCUGCUAAAGCUUCCAGAGACAUUGCAAGUGAUUACAAGUACAAAGAAGGCUAUCGCAAGCAGUUGGGCCACCAUAUCGGAGCCCGUAACAUAGAGGAUGAUCCGAAGAUGAUGUGGUCAAUGCACGUAGCCAAGAUCCAGAGUGACAGGGAGUACAAGAAAGCUUUUGAGAAGACCAAGACACACUUUAGUAGCCCAGUGGACAUGCUGGGAAUUGUGUUGGCCAAGAAAUGUCAGGAGCUGGUCAGUGACAUUGAUUACCGCCACUAUCUGCAUCAGUGGACCUGUCUGCCGGACCAGAAUGAUGUUAUCCAUGCUAAGAAGGCCUAUGAUCUCCAGAGUGAUAACUGCUACAAGUCUGACCUUGAAUGGUUAAAGGGCAUUGGUUGGGUCCCAAUUGGUUCCUUGGAAGUUGAAAAAGCCAAGAAGGCGGGAGAGAUCUUGAGUGACAAAAUAUACCGUCAGCCUCCAGACACAAUCAAGUUCACUAGCGUCACUGAUUCUCUAGGGAUGGUCUUAGCCAAGCAGAAUGCAGAGACGAUGAAUAAGCGUUUAUAUACUGAGGCCUGGGAUAAAGACAAGACACAAAUCCACAUAAUGCCUGACACACCUGAAAUUACACUGGCAAAACAGAACAUGCAAAACUACAGUGUGAAACUCUACAAACAGGCCAUGGAAGAAGAAAAAAAGAAAGGCUAUGAUUUGAGAAGCGAUGCUAUCCCCAUUCAAGCUGCCAAAGCAUCCAGGCAAAUUGCCAGUGAUUACAAGUACAAAGAAGGCUAUCGCAAGCAGCUGGGCCAUCAUAUUGGAGCCCGUAACAUAGAGGAUGAUCCGAAGAUGAUGUGGUCAAUGCACGUAGCCAAGAUCCAGAGUGACAGGGAGUACAAGAAAGCCUUUGAGAAGACCAAGACACACUUUAGUAGUCCAGUGGACAUGCUGGGAAUUGUGUUGGCCAAGAAAUGUCAGGAGCUGGUCAGUGACAUUGAUUACCGCCACUAUCUGCAUCAGUGGACCUGUCUGCCGGACCAGAAUGAUGUUAUCCAUGCUAAGAAGGCCUAUGAUCUCCAGAGUGAUAACUGCUACAAGUCUGACCUUGAAUGGUUAAAGGGCAUUGGUUGGGUCCCAAUUGGUUCCUUGGAAGUUGAAAAAGCCAAGAAGGCGGGAGAGAUCUUGAGUGACAAAAUAUACCGUCAGCCUCCAGACACAAUCAAGUUCACUAGCGUCACUGAUUCUCUAGGGAUGGUCUUAGCCAAGCAGAAUGCAGAGACGAUGAAUAAGCGUUUAUACACUGAAGCAUGGAAUAAAGAUAAGACCAUGGUUCAUGUCAUGCCUGACACACCAGAAAUCCUGCUAGCUAAACAAAACCAAGUAAACUACAGUCAGAAAAUGUACAAACUAGCUUUGGAGGAAUCGAAGAAGAAGGGUCAUGAUUUGCGUUUUGAUGCCAUUCCUAUUCAAGCUGCCAGAGCAUCCAGAGAGAUUGCCAGUGAUUACAAGUACAAAGAAGGCUAUCGCAAGCAGCUGGGCCAUCAUAUUGGAGCCCGUAACAUAGAGGAUGAUCCGAAGAUGAUGUGGUCAAUGCACGUAGCCAAGAUCCAGAGUGACAGGGAGUACAAGAAAGCCUUUGAGAAGACCAAGACACACUUUAGUAGUCCAGUGGACAUGCUGGGAAUUGUGUUGGCCAAGAAAUGUCAGGAGCUGGUCAGUGACAUUGAUUACCGCCACUAUCUGCAUCAGUGGAUCUGUCUGCCGGACCAGAACGAUGUUAUCCAUGCCAAGAAGGCCUAUGAUCUACAGAGUGAUGCUGUUUACAAAUCAGACCUGGAAUGGCUAAGGGGUAUCGGAUGGGUUCCUAUUGGUUCCAUGGAAGUUGAGAAAGCCAAGAAAGCUGGAGAAAUCCUGAGUGAAAGGAAAUAUCGUCAACCAGCAGACCAAAUUAAAUUUACCAGUGUGACAGAUUCUUUGGCCAUGGUCUUAGCCAAACAAAAUGCUGAGAUAAUGAACAAGCGUUUAUACACAGAAGCCUGGGAUGCAGACAAAACGUCUAUUCAUGUCAUGCCUGACACACCGUCAAUUUUGCUAGCGAAGGCCAAUGCAGCUAAUGUCAGCCAUAAACUUUAUGUAGAAGCCUGGGAAGAGGCAAAAAAGAAGGGUUAUGACAUGAGAGCUGAUGCAAUUCCAAUCCGAAGUGCAAAGGCAUCAAGAGAUAUUGCGAGUGAAUACAAGUACAAAGAAGCACAUGAGAAGCAGAAAGGCCACUACAUCGGGUGCCGAACUGCCCAGGAGGACCCCAAGCUGUCGUGGGCUGCGCGUGCCAUGUUGCUGCAGAACGACCGAAUUUACAGGAAGGCGUACCAUGACUCCAAGUCCCAGGUCCACAUACCAGUCGAUGCGAUGUCAGUGCGGGCAGCCAAGGAGUGCCAGACACUAGUCAGUGAUGUUGACUACCGCCAGUACUUCCACCAGUGGACCUGCCUGCCUGACCAGAAUGACGUGAUCCAUGCAAGGAAGGCCUAUGACCUACAGAGUGAUAACGUGUACAAGUCAGACCUGGAAUGGUUGCGAGGCAUUGGGUGGUUGACAGAAGGUUCUGUGGAUGUGGUCAAAGCAAAGAAAGCCCAGGAACUCCUGAAUGAAAGGCUGUACCGCACACGACCAGACGAGCUGAAAUUCACCAGCAUUACUGACACGCCAGAUGUUGUCCAGGCUAAGAUCAAUGCUUUGCAGAUCAGUGACCAUCUGUAUCGUGAAGCCUGGGAUAAAGAUAAGACGCAGAUUACCAUGCCUUCUGAUACUCCCAUAAUGCUGCAGUCCAAAGUCAACGCUCUCAACAUCAGCAAUAAACACUAUCAGAAGGAUUGGGAUGAGGCCAAGGCGAAAAGCUAUGACAUGAGAGCUGAUGCCAUUCCCAUCAAACAUGCCAAGGCUUCCAGAGACAUUGCUAGUGAGUACAAGUACAAAGAAACGCAUGAGAAGCAGAAAGGCCACUACAUCGGGUGCCGAACUGCCCAGGAGGACCCCAAGCUGUCGUGGGCUGCGCGUGCCAUGUUGCUGCAGAACGACCGAAUUUACAGGAAGGCGUACCAUGACUCCAAGUCCCAGGUCCACAUACCAGUCGAUGCGAUGUCAGUGCGGGCAGCCAAGGAGUGCCAGACACUAGUCAGUGAUGUUGACUACCGCCAGUACUUCCACCAGUGGACCUGCCUGCCUGACCAGAAUGACGUGAUCCAUGCAAGGAAGGCCUAUGACCUACAGAGUGAUAACGUGUACAAGUCAGACCUGGAAUGGUUGCGAGGCAUUGGGUGGUUGACAGAAGGUUCUGUGGAUGUGGUCAAAGCAAAGAAAGCCCAGGAACUCCUGAAUGAAAGGCUGUACCGCACACGACCAGACGAGCUGAAAUUCACCAGCAUUACUGACACGCCAGAUGUUGUCCAGGCUAAGAUCAAUGCUUUGCAGAUCAGUGACCAUCUGUAUCGUGAAGCCUGGGAUAAAGAUAAGACGCAGAUUACCAUGCCUUCUGAUACUCCCAUAAUGCUGCAGUCCAAAGUCAACGCUCUCAACAUCAGCAAUAAACACUAUCAGAAGGAUUGGGAUGAGGCCAAGGCGAAAAGCUAUGACAUGAGAGCUGACGCCAUUCCCAUCAAACAUGCCAAGGCUUCCAGAGACAUUGCUAGUGAGUACAAGUACAAAGAAACGCAUGAGAAGCAGAAAGGCCACUACAUCGGGUGCCGAACUGCCCAGGAGGACCCCAAGCUGUCGUGGGCUGCGCGUGCCAUGUUGCUGCAGAACGACCGAAUUUACAGGAAGGCGUACCAUGACUCCAAGUCCCAGGUCCACAUACCAGUCGAUGCGAUGUCAGUGCGGGCAGCCAAGGAGUGCCAGACACUAGUCAGUGAUGUUGACUACCGCCAGUACUUCCACCAGUGGACCUGCCUGCCUGACCAGAAUGACGUGAUCCAUGCAAGGAAGGCCUAUGACCUACAGAGUGAUGCUGUCUAUAAAUCAGACCUAGAGUGGCUCCGUGGAAUUGGCUGGUUGCCUAAUGACUCUCCAGAUGUUAAGAGAGUGAAGCAUGCCCAAGAUCUCCUGAGUGAUAAUGUGUAUCGUACACCUAUUGAAAGCCUGAAAUAUACCAGUAUUGUUGAUACUCCAGAUGUUCUUCUAGCUAAAGCGAAUGCCGAACAAAUCAGCAUUCCAAAAUACAAAGAAGCCUGGGAGAAUGACAAGACUAUGAUCCAUAUGACAUCAGACACACCUGAAAUCAACCUAGCCAAGACUAAUGCUGCUAAUUAUAGCCAGAAACUGUAUAAAGAAGCUUGGGAUGAGUUGAAGAUGAGUUACGAUUUGAGAGCGGAUGCAAUCCCAAUCAAGGCAGCCAAAGCUUCUAGAGAAAUUGCUAGUGAUUAUAAAUACAAACUGGAUCAUGAGAAGCAGAAGGGGCAUUAUGUUGGAGUUCCAAAUGCAAAAGCAGAUACAAAAAUGCAGUUUGCCCUCAGCGUAGGCAAAGUUCAGAGUGAACUGGAAUACAAGAAACACUUCGCCAAAUGGAAGACACAGUGCCACCUACCAGUAGACAUGCUAUCUAUCCUAGCAGCUAAACAUGGUCAGUCUUUGGUCAGUGAUGUUGAUUACCGUCAUUACUUGCAUCAGUGGAUCUGUCUUCCAGAUCAGAAUGAUGUCAUACAGGCUCGGAAAGCCUAUGAUCUUCAGAGUGAUGCUAUUUACAAGUCUGAUUUAGAAUGGCUGCGGGGAAUUGGAUGGUUACCAAAUGAUUCUGUUGGAAUCAACCAUGUCAAAUAUGCUGGAGAUCUUUUGAAUGAGAGAAAGUACCGCACAAAAGCUGAAACUCUUCCCUUUACUCCAGUGGCAGACAGAGUUGAUUAUAUCACAGCAAAGAACAGUGGUGAAAUUCUCAGUGAUGUUAAAUACCACAAAGCAUGGAAUGAGGUCAAGUCAAAUUAUACUCUAACAGAUACACCACAGCUAGAUAUGGCCCGAGAGGCAGCCAGAAUUCUUAAUCAGAAUUUGUACAAGGAAAGUUGGGAGAAAGAAAAAGCCACUGGUUACCUCUUGCCUCCUGACACUGUGCAGAUCUGUCACGCCAAACACUCAAAUGAUGUCCAAAGUGAGCUUAAAUAUAAAGCUGACUAUGUCAAGCAAAGAGGUCACUAUGUUGGAGUUGCCAGUAUGAGAGAUGAUCCAAAACUGGUGUGGUUUGAGCAUGCAGGCGAGAUCCAGAAUGACAGAUUGUACAAAUCAGACUAUCACAAAACAAAGUCCAAAAUUCACAUCCCUCCGGAUAUGGUGUCCGUUGUAGCAGCAAAGGAAUGUCAGACCUUGGUCAGCGAUGUCGACUACCGCCAAUACCUGCAUGAAUGGACAUGCCAUCCUGACCAAAAUGACUGUAUUCAGGCAAGGAAGGCCUAUGAUCUGCAAAGUGAUAAUAUUUAUAAAUCAGAUUUGGAAUGGCUUCGUGGCUGUGGUUGGAUUCCUCUGGAUUCAGUGGAACAUAAGAAAGUUAAGAAUGCACAAGAGUUGAUAAAUAAGAGAGCAUAUACAAAAGAAGCCCUUGAUAACUUUUCCAAUUAUACCAGCGUGGUUGACACUCCUGACAUUGUUUUGGCAAAGAUUAACUCUGUCAAUCAGAGCGAUCUAAAAUACAAAGAAACAUUUAACCUUGAGAAAGGCCAAUAUAUUGGGUCUGAUGAUACUCCCGCACUGAACCAUGCCAGAGACAUGUCCUUACUAUACAGUGAUAAACGCUAUAAAAAUGCUUGGGAAGUUAGCAAGCCCAUUGGGUAUACUUUGGAUGAGAAAUAUGUUCCACUUGUUGGAGCGAAGCAUGCCAACUACAUAAAUAGUGAGCUUAAAUAUAAGGAAAUAUAUGAGAAGCUGAAAGGCCAUUACCUGGCUGGGAAGGAGAUUGGUGAUUUCCCCAGUGUCAUUCAUUCACUAGCAUUCCAGAAAAUGAGGAGUGCGUUGGCAUAUAGAAAGAAUUAUGAAGACACCAAAGCAAAUGUUCAUAUUCCAAGUGACAUGAUGAAUCAUGUGCUAGCAAAGAAGUGCCAAUAUAUCCUCAGUGAUCUUGAAUAUCGAACUUACUUCCAUCAGUGGAGCUGUUCACCUGAAGAAAAUGAUGUUAUUCAAGCCAAAAAAGCCCAGGAAAUUUUGAGUGAUGUGGUAUAUAAAGAUGACUUAAAUUGGCUGAAGGGACUUGGAUGUUAUGUCUGGGAUACUCCACAAAUCCUGCAUGCUAAAAAAUCGUAUGACCUCCAGAGCCAAAUAAAAUAUACAGCUGCAGGAAAAGAGAAUCUGCAGAACUUUGGUGUUGUUACUGACACACCUCUCUAUGUGACUGCUGUGCAGAGCGGUGUAAAUGCUAGUGAUGUGAAAUACAAGCAAGAGUACCACAAAACUAAGGACAAGUAUACAACUGUGACUGAAACAGUGGAUUCUGAGAGAGUUCAAAAUUUGAAACAUCUCUUUAGCAAUAAUCUCUACAAGGAAGCCUGGGAAAAAGUGAAAGCAACUGGCUACAUAAUGCCCACUGAUGCUGUAUCCCUAGCACGUGCAAAAGAACUGAAGCAUAAUGCUAGUAUUGUAAAAUACCGAGAAGAAUAUGACAAGUUUAAAGCACUGUACACGCUACCCAGAGGCGUUGAGGAUGAUCCUAAUACAGCAAGGUGCCUUAGAGUUGGAAAGCUUAAUAUUGAUCGUCUGUACAAGGAAGUCUAUGAGAAGAAUAAAGCCAAAGUCCACAUUAUUCCAGACAUGGUAGACAUAAUUUCUGCUAAGGAUGCACAGAAGAAAGUCAGUGAAAUUGAUUACCGCACUCAUCUCCAUGAAUGGAUUUGUCUACCAGAUCUUCAAGUCAAUGCCCAUGUUCGAAAAGUAACUGAUCAAGUCAGUGAUGUGGUAUACAAGGAUGAUCUUAACUGGCUGAAAGGCAUUGGCUGCUUUGUUUGGGACACUCCUGAAAUUCUCCAUGCCAAACAUGCCUAUGAUCUUCGCAGUGAUAUUAAGUAUAAAUCUAAGGCAGAAAAAAUGAAGAAUGACUACACUGUGGUCACAGACACUCCUGUCUAUGUCCAGAAUGUCCUCAGUGGCUUGAAUGCUAGCGAAGCUGUCUACCGUAGUGAAUAUAUGCACAAUAUUAAAGGCAAAAUGAUUCCUACUGAUAAAACAGUAGAUCUGGAGCGGGCAUAUCAUGCGAACAAAAUACAGAGUGAAAAUUUGUAUCGCUGGGCUGGUGUAAAUGCUCUGCCUACUGGAUACAGUCUUCCCGCAGAUACCCCCGGCUUUCAGCAUGCUAAACAUGUCCAAUACAUUGGCAGUGAUCUGAAAUAUAAGGAAGCCUAUGAACACAUGAAAGCUAAAGGCUAUACUCUGGGACCUAAAGAUGUUGGGUUUGAAAAUGUGAAGAAAGUGAAUCAAGUCAUUAAUGAGAGGUUGUAUCGGGCAACAUACCACAAGAACAAGGACAAGAUUCAUACUACUCCAGACACACCAGAAAUCCGUCAAGUCAAAGCAACACAGGAAGCUGUCAGUGAUCUGAUCUACAAGUCAGAUUUCUUUAGGAUGCAGGGACACUUGAUUUCCUUGCCAUACACUCCUCAGGUGUUGCAUUGCCGCUAUGUUGGGGACAUCACAAGUGAUAAUAAAUACAAAGAGGAUCUGAAGUGGCUGAAGGGCUUGGGUUGCUUUCUGUAUGAUACUCCUGAUAUGGUCCGUGCUCGUCACCUGCGUAAGCUUUGGUCUAAUUACAUAUACACUGAUACUGCCAAGAAGAUGUGGCCUAAAUACAAUGUGGUAUUGGAUACUCCUGGAUACAGAGCGGUUCAGGAGCUAAAAACCCAUUUGAGUGAAUUGGUUUACAGAGCUGCAGGCAAGGAGCUGAAGACAAAAUACACUUCCGUCCUCGAUACACCUGACUUCUUAAGAGCCAAGCAAGGACAAAAAAUACAGAGCCAGUACUUGUAUGUGGAACUUGCAACGAAAGAGAGGCCCCAUCAUCAUGCUGGUAGUCAGACUCCAGCCUUUACACAUGCUAGGCAUGUAAAGGACAUGGUCAGUGAGAAAAAGUAUAAAACCCAGUAUGAGAAGAUGAAGGACAAAUACACACCUGUCCCUGACACACCAGUCUUAAUCAGAGCCAAGAGAGCAUACCUGAAUGCCAGUGAUUUGCGCUACAAAGAAACCUUUGAGAAUAAUAAGGGCAAAUACCACACGGUGAAAGAUGCUUUGGAUAUUGUCUAUCAUCGAAAGGUCACCGAUGAUAUCAGUAGUGUGAAAUAUAAGGAAAAUUAUAUGAGCAACUUAGGAAUCUGGAGAUCAAUCCCAGACCGUCCGGAGCAUUUCCAUCAUCGUGCAGUCACAGAUGCUAUUAGUGAUGUUAAAUACAAGGAAGACUUAUCUUGGCUCAGAGGCAUUGGCUGUUACGCAUGGGAUACUCCAACUUUUGCUCUGGCAGGAAAGAACAAGGUGCUCUACAGCGGGUGUAAGUACAAGGAGCUAUUUGAGAAGACUAAGUCUCAUUUUAAGUAUGUAGCUGACUCUCCAAUUAAUGAGCAUUUUAAAUAUGCAACUAAGUUGAUGGAUGGGAAAUUAUAUAAAGCUGCCUAUGAGAAGCUCAAAGAUAGGUACAGCGUUAUUGUGGAUGAUCCUAAGAACCUCCUGGCCAAGUGGGGGACUACUCUGAGCAGUCAGGUUGAAUACAAAAAGGACUAUGAAAAGAAGAAAGACAAGUAUACUACAGUUGUGGAUACUCCAGAACACUUAAGGACUACAAAAGUCAACAAACAGAUCAGCGAUAUUAUUUACAAAUUGGAAUAUAACAAAGCAAAGCCUAAAGGCUAUACUACAAUCCAUGAUACACCUAUGUUACUGCUUGCGCGCAAGGUCAAGGACAGAAUAAGUGAUCUGAAAUACAAAGAAGUGUACGAGAGGAAUAAAUCUCACUGCAAUGUCGUAGCAGAUUCAGUUCAUAUUAAGACUCCAAGGCAUGCUUACAAGCUAAACAGCAAUCUGGAUUAUAAGAAGAAAUAUGAAGCAGCCAAGGCUCACUGGCACUGGAUUGCUGAUAGACCUGACUUUAUUCAGGCAGCCAAGUCAUCUCUGCAACAGAGUGAUUAUGAAUACAAACUGGACCGGGAAUUCCUAAAGGGAUGCAAACUUUCUGUCACAGAUGAUAAAAAUACAGUAUUGGCCUUAAAUAAUGCCAUCUUGGCGAGUGAUAUAAAAUAUAAAGAGAAGCACAACAAAGCUCGAGGAACGUACCAUGUUGUUCCAGAUACACCUCAGAUCCUCCUGGCUAAGAAUGUCAGCUCUCUUGUAUCUGAGAACAAAUACAAAGAACACAGCAAGAAGCAGCUUCCACAUGGGUCCUAUACAACCCUGCCAGAGACAAGAGACACUGCUCAUGUGAAAGAGGUGACCAAGAAUGUCAGUGAGACAAACUAUAAGAAGAAGUUUGUGAAGGAGAAAGGCAAGUCUAAUUAUUCUGUCAUGCUGGAGCCUCCCGAAGUGAAACAUGCCAUGGAAGUUGCUAAAAAACAGAGUACAAUUGAAUACAAGAAAGAUGCCAAGUCAAAGCUUCACUAUACACCUAUAGCAGAUCGACCAGAUAUUAAGAAAGCAACUCAGGCUGCCAAGUUAAUUAGUGAUAUUGAAUACAAAAAGCGUGGAGAAGCUGGCAUUGGUGUAAGCAUGCUGGGACGCCCAGAUAUUGAACUGGCAAAGGAGGUGUCCAAGCUAACUAGCCAGGUGAAAUACAAGGAGAAUUUUUCCAAAGAGAUGGGUAAAAAGCCGAAGUAUGAUUUAAAGGAGGCUAAAAUCUACAAGACCAUGAAAGAUGCUCACAACAUGGCUAGCGAGGUGAAAUAUAAGGCAGAUUUGAAGAAACUCCAUAAACCUGUUACAGACAUGUCUGAGUCGCUGAUCAUGAACCACGUCCUGAGCACCAGCCAGCUCGCCAGUGCUUACCAGUACAAGAAGCAAUAUGAGAAGAGUAAGGGUCACUACCAUGUGGUGCCAGAUAAUCUUGAACAGGUUCAUCUAAGGGAGGCAUCAGAACUUCAGAGCCAUGUGAAAUACAGAGAAAAGUAUGAGAAGGAGAAAGGAAAACCUAUGUUGGACUUUGAAACUCCAACAUACCUUACUGCAAAGGAAUCUCAGCUCAUGCAGAGUGAGAAAGAAUAUAAGAAGGACUUUGAAGAGUCCAUUAAAGGCAGAAACCUUACUGGCUUGGAGAUUACACCAUCCUUAUUACAUGUCAAAUAUGCAACCAAAAUAGCAAGCGAGAAAGAGUACAGGAAGGAUCUGGAGGAAGGUGUCAAAGGUAAAGGACUAACAGCUUUAGAGGAGACUCCAGACAUGUUAAGAGCAAAGAACGCAACUCAAAUCCUGAAUGAGAAAGAGUACAAAAAAGCAUUGGAAUUAGAAAUCAGAGGAAAAGGUCUGACAGAACUGGCUUUGGAGACACCAGAUUUUGUGAGAGCAAAGAAUGCCACUGACAUUGCCAGCCAGAUCAAAUACAAACAAUUGGCGGAAAUGGAGAAAGCCAACUACACCAGUGUUGUCGAUACUCCAGAGAUUAUUCAUGCCCAGCAGGUCAAGAACCUUUCAAGCCAGAAAAAGUAUAAGGAAGAUGCAGAAAGGACCAUGCCAUACUAUGUGCCUGUAGCAGACACACCAGAAAUGCAGAGAGUCCGUGAGAAUCAAAAGAACUUUAGCACGCUUCAGUAUCAGUGGGACCUACAGAACAGUAAAGGAAAAGUUACAGUUGUACAAGACACACCAGAAAUGCUGCGUGUGAAAGAAAACCAGAAGAAUUUCAGCUCGAUUUUAUAUAAAGAAGAUAUUGGAACUGGAACUACUAUUGAAAAGACGCCAGAGAUGCAGAGAGUUAAACGAACACAGGAUGCAAUCAGCUCGAUUAAGUACAAGGAGAGUAUUGGAAAAGGAACUCCAAUUCCUGAUCUUCCAGAAGUGAAGCGUGUCAAGGAGACACAGAAGCACAUCAGUUCGGUGUUAUACAAAGAGGAUCUGGGGACAGGAACCCCAACACCUGUCACUCCUGAGAUUGAAAGAGUCAAACGCAAUCAAGAAAACUUUAGCUCGGUGUUGUACAAAGAGGAUCUGGGGACAGGAACCCCAACACCUGUCACUCCUGAGAUUGAAAGAGUUAAACGCAAUCAAGAAAACUUUAGCUCGGUGUUGUACAAAGAGGAUCUGGGGACAGGAACCCCAAUACCUGUCACUCCUGAGGUUGAGAGAGUCAAACGCAAUCAAGAACACAUUAGCUCGGUGUUGUAUAAAGAAAACAUAGGGAAAGCAACCCCAACACCUGUCACUCCCGAGAUGGAAAGAGUCAAACGCAAUCAAGAAAUCAUUAGCUCGGUUUUGUACAAAGAAAAUGUGGGGAAAGUGACCCCAACACCAAUCACUCCAGAGAUGGAGAGAGUCAAACGCAAUCAAGAAAUCAUUAGCUCGGUGUUGUACAAAGAAAACUUGGGGCGAGCAACCCCCACACCUGUCACUCCAGAGAUGGAGAGAGUCAAACGGAAUCAAGAACACAUUAGCUCGGUUGUAUACAAAGAAGGCUUAGGGAAGGCAACCCCCACACCGGUCACUCCAGAGAUGGAGAGAGUCAAACGCAAUCAAGAACACAUUAGCUCGGUUUUAUACAAGGAACAUCUGGCAAAAGGCACACCAACGCCUAUGACUCCAGAGAUGGAGAGAGCUAAACGCAAUCAAGAAAACAUCAGCUCGGUCCUUUACUCAGAUAGUUUCCGAAAACAAGUACAAGGCAAAGCUGCGUAUGUACUGGAUACACCUGAAAUGCGGCGUGUACGAGAGACCCAGAAACACAUCUCUACGGUGAAAUACCAUGAAGAUUUUGAGAAAACCAAAGGUAGUUUCACACCGGUUGUUACCGACCCCAUUACAGAACGCGUGAAAAAGAACAUGCAGGACUUCAGUGACAUUAGCUAUAGGGGCAUUCAAAGGCGAGUAGUAGAAAUGGAGCGAAAGCGCGUGGACCAGGAUCAAGAGACUCUCACAGGUCUUCGCGUGUGGCGCACUAAUCCCGGCUCAGUCUUUGAAUAUGACCCGGCAGAAGACAAUAUUCAGUCCAGAAGCUUACAUAUGAUCUCUGUCCAAGCCCAGCGCCGCAGCCGGGAGCACUCCCGCUCUGCCAGUGCCUUGAGCCUCACUGGUGGCGGCGAUGAAAAAUCAGAACCCUCGGAUGGCGGACACCUGUCCUAUUACAGCAACGGGGGCUUCUUUGCCACAACUGCAACAGUGGGCUACAAACAUGCUAAAACCAUCGAGUUACCACAACAACGGUCAUCGUCUGUUGCCACCCAGCAAACUACAGUAUCAUCGGUUCCUUCUCACCCGUCUACUGCUGGUAAGACCUACCGGGCCAUGUAUGACUACAUGGCAGCUGAUGCCGAUGAGGUUUCCUUCAAAGACGGUGACACAAUUGUAAACGUACAAGCAAUCGAUGAAGGCUGGAUGUAUGGGACCGUCCAGAGAACCGGCAAGACGGGCAUGCUGCCAGCCAACUACGUAGAAGCUGUCUAAACCAAAGGCCAUCUUCCCCCAACGCCUAUCUGCACGGCAGAGGCACGCUGGCACCUCUCAAAAUGUAAAGUCUACGAGAAGCGUUUGUAACAUUUUUUCCAAAGUGCCUUAUUGUCUCCCGUGCUGAUAGUGCCUUAUAAACCAUGUGGGGAAAAAAAAAAGAAAAAAAGAAAAAAAUAACUGCAGAGCAAAAUACUCUUAAAACAUCCUUUCAAAACAUUUUUGAAAACCACCUAUAAGCACACUACUAGGCCUUGUUCAUAAGAACUGUGUUUCUUCCACUGUAAAAAAACCAACCAACCAACCAACCAAAAAAAAACCCAACCAAAACCAAAACCCAUUGCCUGGACUUUCAAACACUUCAACAUCACACACCAUCACAACAUUUCACUUGGCUAGAACUGCAAUCCAGUUCAGCAUCUCCAAAAUUCUCUACAUGUACUUAAGACUUAUGACUACCAGGUAUUUACUCAUUCUGUCACAGACUAUUUUUCUGGGCUAUUCUACACUGUUUGAAUGUAUUCACUUCUUCUUUGUACAAGCAACAUUUAAGCUUACUAUCUCAAACCAUCUUUAGGCUGCGGGGGAGGGAAACAAACCCAAACCCCAAGGCCUCUCCUGCUUGCUCAGCUCUUCUGCCUGUUUUUCAUGCAGCUGUUCUGGGGUCAAAAGACGUUAUUACUUGUCAAUUAGUGACUAAAUAAAGCUAAUGUUUCUGCA